AUGUCCAGCAACACGCUGCCAUUGCAUCAGGGCGAUAUUACCUCAACACGAGGUGGUGGUAGUAUGGCUCCUAACACAAAGCAGGCUGUGGCCGAGUGCAUCUCGGAUGAUGCCCUGAUCCAUCUCAAGUCGUACAAAUAUUCGAGCGUCGAUAAAUCACCGGUAUCGAAAUACAUCCUGGGUCCAUGGUGGAAUGCCUUCGUCGAAGUAUUGCCGCUAUGGCUCGCCCCCAACAUGGUCACCCUUCUGGGGUUCUUCUUCAUCCUCUUCAACGUCGCGUUGAUGGUCAUCUACAUGCCCGAUUUGGUGGGACCGGCACCGUCAUGGCUGUACUUUAGCUUUGCAUUCGGACUCUUCAUGUACCAGACGAUGGACAAUGUCGACGGAAAACAGGCCAGAAGAACCGGAACCUCGAGCGGCUUGGGCGAGCUCUUCGACCACGGCAUCGACUCGCUCAACUGCACACUCGCCAGUUUGCUCGAAACGGCCGCCAUGGGGCUGGGCACGUCACCUUCCGGCAUCUUCACUGCGCUUAUCCCUUGCCUCCCCAUGUUCUUCUCGACGUGGGAGACGUACCACACGCACACGCUGUAUCUUGGCUUCUUCAAUGGCCCGACUGAAGGCCUCCUUAUUGCCUGCGGUAUCAUGAUCGUCUCUGGAAUCUACGGGCCGGACGUUUUCACGAAGCCUCUGGCACAUAUCUGGGGCGACCACCUGGAGGGAGUGGCUCACCUCAUUGGAGAUGUCUCUUUCCGGGAUAUCUGGGUUGGCAUGCUGAUUUUCCUGCUGGUUACCUGCCACAUCCCCUUUUGCGUCCUGAACGUUACCCGUGCGCGCCAAGCAAAGGGCCUCCCUGUUCUCCCCGUGUUUAUGGAAUGGAUCCCAAUGGCCGUCUUCACCAUCUGCACGGGUGCCUGGGUGUUUUCUCCAUACAGCUCGCUCAUGAAGGAUAACCACCUUGUCCUAUUUUGCUUCACCAUGUCUUUCGUUUUCGGACGACUGACGACUAAGAUGAUUCUUGCGCACUUGACCCGCCAGCCGUUCCCGUACUGGACUGUCAUGCUGACUCCUCUGGUUGGCGGUGCUAUUCUUGCGAACCUUCCUCGAAUCGGUUUCCCCCAGAUUAGCCCCCAACUGGAACUGUUUUACAUGUGGGCCUAUUUCCUCUUUUCGGUGGUGGUCUACUUCCGCUGGGCCUACUUGGUGAUCACCAGCAUCUGCAACUUUCUGGGCAUCCAAGCUCUCACUAUUCCCAAGGAGAAGCAGAUGGCCAACAAGAUGGCUGCUCGAGCUGCCACCAAGCUGCACUAA